AACCAAUACACGCUACAAUGGCUGCAUCCACGAAGAACAUCCUGAUCUUCGGGGCCACCGGCUUAAUCGGUACUCACAUCAUCAAUGCCAUUCUCAGCAGCAAGGACAAGUUCGGCAGGAUUGCCGUCUUCACCUCGCAGAACACCAUCUCCUCAAAAGCAGAUGAGAUCGAGAAUCUGAAGAAGAGAGGCGCCGAAAUCAUCGUUGGAGAUCUCACAUCAGAUUCUGAUGUGGACCAAGCCUACAAUGGGUUCGACACGAUCGUGUCAGCUGUUGGUCGACCGGUCAUUGAUAAGCAGUUGAAGCUGAUCGAGCUUGCCGAAAAGCAUCCGGAUGUCAAGCGUUUCUUCCCCAGCGAGUACGGCACAGAUAUCGAGUACGAUGAGACUUCUGUAAAUGAGAAGCCGCAUCAAUUGAAGCUCAAAGUGCGUGCAUUGCUCAAGACUGUCAAGAAUUUAGAGUACACGUACGUGGUUACUGGGCCUUAUGCAGAUGCCGACAGCUUGCUAUAUCUCUGUGCAAAAAAGCCAGAGAACGAAGCGCAGGGCACGUUUGACGUCCAGCGAAAGAGGGCAGUCCUGCUUGGCGACGGUGAUGGCAAGAUCUCGCUGACCACCAUGCGUGAUGUUGGUAAGCUUGUGGUGGCAGCUCUGUUGCAACCAGAAGCUGCAAAGAAUCGCGCUCUCCGGGUCAACUCGUUUACGACCACGCCUCAUGAGCUACUCAGAGAGUUUGAGAAACAGACUGGCCAGAAAUGGGAUGUUGGCUACACAAGUUUGGACGAGCUCAAGCAACUCGAAAGCGAGACGCCGUCAGUCACCUUGCGACGGAUUUGGACCAGCGGGAAGACAUUGUACGAAAAGCGCGACAAUGGCUUGAUUGAGAUGGAGCAAGGUCUGGACGACUUGGAAAGUACCGUCCGACAGGCGAUUGCAGUUCAGCAGAAGAGAAUUGCAGAGGGCAGCUUGUACCAGUAGUCCUUGCAUCUCUUUCCAACAAAUGCAGCUGUUGCUCUGGAAAGGGGCACCUCUCGUAUGCACGUCUAUGCAAAGGAUGGUCCGCCUCUUGCAUCGCUCCUUUCGGCAAUGGGGCCGUGUUCUGCAAAGAAUAGGGAGGCGCUUGGCUGUUCAAACCGCGAUGUUUCAUGUUGAACUUCUCAGCCGAGACUUCUAGAACUAGGCACGCAGGAGAGCGUUCGUAACAUGCCCGACUGUGGCGAAAUGUCGCUGCCAUCGGACUCGAAACCCUAGCGGACGCAAUG